CAGGGGGAUGGUCAGUGAGAAGUUUAAAGGAAUAUCUCUAUCAACAUCACAUGAUCAUUGUGUGCCAUUUUUCAAAUCACUUAAUUUCAUCAGAAAGCAAGGAAGCCAUGGCCUAAGCUAUCUCAUGAGAAAACAAGUCGUCAAAGCCUUCUUAUUACUGUCUGACAUUCGAGUCUAGACAAAUGGCAACAGUAGCAUUCCAGAGUGGUGGGACGCGGCUAGGUUGUCUCUAUAGCAACCACUGAGCGUCCUUUCAAGUUAGAGUGAGUGUAGCUAGCACCAUUCUGCACAGCUAAUUUAUUUAUUUAAAAUACUUGUUGUUGUAACGUUAAAAAUUACAUAAUCCUGCUAUUUCCAGAUCCUUUCGAUCGUUACGUGAAUAGACAGAGGUAUCUGUUAAUGAUGUAUUCUGCGAGGCCCCUGAACGCUGGCCUGACUGAGUGGAGGCCCAUCUCGAGGGGACUGUUGAUGGCCCCCAGGAUCAAGAGCUCCCAGCGCUCCCUGUCCCAGAGCAGGGAUUCCAGCGCCAGUGACCUCAGAUCCGACUCUGCUACUUCAGUUCAGUCUGUUGCAGAUGAAAACCUAACACUGGCAGACAUUGACAGAAUGUUUGCUCAGAAGGUUGAGGACAAGAAAGAUGACCUGAGGGCAGCUUUUCAAGCAUUUGACUUGGAGGGUAAUUCCACCAUCACCAAAGGGGAAUUCAAACGUGUCAUUGAACAUUUUCUCAUCAACCUUACUCAGCCCCAGUUUGAUCUGCUGCUAACCAAGGUUCCAAAGAGAGCAAAUGGCAGUGUAGCCUAUAUGGAAUUCCUCAGAAAAUACUGCAGGAUUUCAUCAGCUAAGCAAAGAAUCCCCAAUAUUUGUGAGAAUCAACAGAACCAGACCUUGGGGGAACUACAGUGCAACCUAAAAGACAAGAUUGGAAGCAAUUUGAAAAAUGUUACACGGGCCUUCCGUCUAUUUGACUUCAACCUCGACGGACAGAUUCAGCAGCAUGAGUUCAGAAGAGUUUUGGAGGCCUACUGCUUUCCUCUCAGUGAACAUGAUUUUCAGAGACUUUGGUCUCACUACAGCACUAGCAAUACUGACACAGUAUUCUACAAGGAAUUUCUUGAGAGACUUGGUGCUGACUGUGAAAGUGGCCGUAACACUACACCAGAUGGUGUUAAGCAAGCUUUGAACUGGGAUAUCUGUGAUCGAAUGUGCAGAAAAAAACAACAUAGAAAAACUGCAUGGGCUGACACAGACAGCAAUGGGGAUAACUUUGAUGAAAUCCACACCAAGUUCCUGAAAAAAAUGAGCAUGAACUACAAUCUUGUUGAGAAAGCACUUCAUGCAUUUGACAUCACUGGAAGUGGAUUAAUUUCCCCAGAAGAUCUAAAGUCAGUCCUCAGCAGUUUCAUUUUUCCUAUGAAUGAGCGAAUUUUCCAUGGACUUGUAAGCAGGUUUGGAGUAAAAACUACAGAGCCUAUAUCCUGGAACCAGUUUCUAGCCUUAUUCCAAGAUGAGAAGCGGCCCUUGUCAGACAGGAAGUGCAGUGCUCCAGUAACAUCUGACCAAUCCAGUGUUGACAAAUUCCUGCCAAAACUCCGGCAGCAUGUUCAGGAGGUUUACACCCUGCUGAAACGGGCCUUUCAGAUCUUUGAUGAGAAUAAAACAGGAGUCCUUCCCUGGGGCGAGCUGCGGAGAGUGGUUGAAGGCCUCACCUUUCCUCUGACAGAUGAGCAGUUCAAAGGCCUUGUUGAUCUUCUAGAUCCUGAAUGCUCUGGAGUUAUCAAUUACGGCCAGUUCAUAGAGCUUUGUCAAAACCGUCCAACAUCAGGACCAAUGCAAAUUAACAAGCACAGGAGAAGUCUGGAAGUGAGGAGUCAAACUGAUCAGUCCCAAAUGUCCUCAGUUGCAGUUGCCACAUGGAUCACAGUGGAGACCAUUUUGAGGGACAGACUGACAAAACGGCUGGAUGCAGUCAUGAAACUUUUUGACCAACUUGACUGCACCCUGAAUGGAACUGUUAGUCAAGUGGAUCUCAAGAGGGUUGUUCAGCAAUAUGGAUUGCCUGUAUCCGACAGUCAUUUUGAAAAGCUGUGUGCACCCUUCAGACACUCUGGAAGAAUAUAUUAUAAGCAGUUCCUGAAGGGCUUAGGCAUCCAGAACAUCCGUGAUGAAGACAUCAGCACUCAUGAAUCUCCUAGCCUUUUCCAGAGGACUGGCAGUGCUUAUCAUGCUCAAUUCAAGACACAGGCAUUGCAGGAUGUUGUCCUUAGGGAACUCAGAGAGCGCCUGGAUGGCCGUGGAGUAGGCCUGCAUGACUGUCUCAAGAAGUCAAGAGGAGGCCCAAAAGCAAUCCUUACUCUGGCAGAUUUCAGUAAGAUUCUAGAGGACUGCAGGAUUUUCCUGGACAAACGACAGCUUCAAACUCUCACUCAAGCUCUUGGGUUUUGCAAUGGACAGAUGUCACAUUUGGACUUUGUGGCCAAAUUCAAAAAGAACACCGGCAAGGAGAGAAAUGAUGAGCCAGAAAGAAUCAAAGAGAAUUUGAAAGGGAAACCCACCAGCCUUGUCUCAGCAGAGGAAUGCCUGCAGCAGCUCAAGAAGAGAAUCCAAGAAUUCCACGGGGAUGCUCUCACUGCUUUUCAUGUGAUGGAUAAAAACCGUGAUGGCGUGGUCAACUGGAGGGAUUUCAGAGAACUGUUUGAAAGUCUCCAGUUUGUCAUCAAGAAUAAGGAGUACCAGCGGCUUGUAGACCUCAUGGGCUUUCAAAAUGGCGCAACACUGAACUAUGCAGAGUUCUUCGAGCUAGUCCAUCGCAGUAGCCAGGAGGAUGGGCCUCUUCUAUUUGUCACAAAAUCUGGAAGUGAAGGACCUUGUGAAAAUGUGGGACAUCCAUCCACAUCUGACCAGUUGCUUGAUCUAGCCUUUGAACAGAUUCAUGAUCGUCUGGUAGCAGACGUACGCCAUCGCUGGUCUGAGAUUUCAAAGGACCUCUGCCACUUUAAUGAACAUGGUGAAACUAUUAUCCAUAAAAUAGAUUUGAGACGUCAUCUCUACAAGUACUCUUUACCAAUCACUCCCAGAGACUUUGAGAAACUGUGGAUGAGAUAUGAUAAAGAAGGAAAGGGCUUCCUGACCCAGUCAGACUUCCUUGAGAUGCUAAAUGUGGUACCUGAGGGACAGGACCAUUUCUUACAACCCCCAAUUUCAGAAGGAAAACUGGACACUCAGCUGGACCAACAUGUUGACAGAGAAAUGUCUCCACUCUGUGGGGAUGUGAUCUCACAGGACCUCAGCCUUGGAGUCAAUUUACUCAGUGAGAAAGUGUCGUACCAGGAUUUCCUGAAGCAUUUUGUCAGAGGUCUUGACUGUAGUCUUUCGGCUGAUUCUCCCUUGACCAGAUCUGCAGUUCAGUCUCCCCAGAGCACUGAAGAUCUAAGUCCAGAGAGAGCCUUAGAGAGAAUCAGAGAGGUGGUCACUGUCUCCUCUGAUCCUCUUAAUAAGGCCUUUUCAGCAUUUGAUAAGAUGGGAAGUGGAGUCAUUUCAGCACUGGAGUUUCGACAAGUCUUGGACCAUUUCUGCUUUAAGUUGUCUGACCGGCAGUUUAAUCACUUACUGAAGAAGCUGAAGAACAGACAGGAGGGUAAUGGCAUGGUGAACUGGAGGCAGUUUCUUGAAACCUUUCAGUUCAACAGGAACGAGACAGCUGAAGAAUGGCUUGAAAAACUAGAGAAGGUCCGCUUCCCCAGUCAACCUCGUCCACUUCCCAUCAGUGAGAUUCUGGGACGAAUUAAAGACGUAGUGUCUACUCGUCUCUAUGUGAUCACCAAAGAGAUGGUAGCCCUUGAUUACGCUCACAUAAACGUGAUCUCCAAACAAGACUUUAAGCAGAUCUGUGAUAGAUAUUUCAUGAGGCUCACCAGUGAGCAGUUUGAGAAUCUGUGGAACAUUCUGCCAGUCAACCCUUAUGGUAACCUGGAUUUCCAUGAGUUUCUGAUGAAGUUCAGUGGAAAUGUGAAAGAGUUUGAUGAUCAUGUUCUUCAAGAGGGGCAAGGACCCACAUCGCCAGCACCAGUAUCCCCUGACUCUAAAGCAAACAUCCUCAAACGUCCUAAAACUGCCUCCUGCUCCAUUAGAUCUAGCAAGGCAGUGGAAGUCCCUGAACAGACAAAGCGACCAUAUUCAGCAGGGGCGAAGACAGCAUCUCCACUGAAUGGAGAGACUGUGAACAGGAGGGUUAGAUCUCUAAUCCACAGCUGCUGGAAGAUUAUCCAGAGGAGGUGCAGGGAGAUGGACCUCGAUAGACUUGGGGAGAUUGAAGUUGGAACCUUUUUGGGUAUCAUGGAGGAGCUCCAUAUUCAGAUGACUCCACUGGAAUUUGAGCAGCUGAUGGCAAAAUAUGAAGUUAACAGUAAAGGACGCAUUCGUUACUCAGAUUUCUUGCGCCAUUUUGUCCUGCCACAUAGAUCUCCGAGCACCAGUUUGCUUCCCAAAAGUAAACUUCACCUUCCAAAGAUGCCAAUGAGUGCUGGACCAAUGAGCUCUCAGUGUGAAGAAGCCAUGGUUAGGAUAUAUGGUCCUAUUCAACAAUUUUGGAGAUGCAUGAGGCGGUCCUUUCUGUCCUUCGACAAAGAACGCAGUAGGAAGAUUUCUCUCCAAAACUUCAGAAAGGUUCUAAGACAAUACAGGGUCAACCUCUCCGAGGAAGAGUUCUUCCAUGUCACUUCUUUCUUUGAUAAGGACAUGUCUGGGAAGAUAUCUUACAAUGAAUUCCUUAGCACCUUCCUGGGAUGAGUUCAAAUAACCAUUGUUACUUGAAGAGGAUUGCAUUUAUUAAUUAUGUUCCAGGGAUUAUUAGGGGUUCCCGGGAGUAAAGAGAUUUAGUUUUGUACUCAGCUGUUUUGUAAUGACUCCAAAGCUGUGUUUAAUAAACCUCCAGUGCUUUAAGGCAA